AGCGGUUAAGCUGAGAACAUUACUUUAUUAAGAUGACAAAUACAAUUACAAGAUUAGCUGCAACAUGUAUUGUCAUAGAAGUAAAUCAAAGAAAUGUAUCUGGGUGGCGCCCUGAGAGAAAAGUUAAAGAAACCGACUAAAAUGUACGCCAGUUAUACAUCGAGUUGAAUCAAUACAGGAAAUGUACAAACAAAUACGAUGGUAACAUAUCAACUAGUACAAAUAGAAAGAACACACGUUAUUAAUACUAACACAAAAUGUAUGCAUAAAUAAAAAGUUAAGAGACAAAAUAUAGAAAAAAUAGAGUGCAGAAAACUCCUGAAGCAGAUCAAUUGUAAUGGCGCGUGUAUUUAUUUUUAAUAUGCUAAACAGUCUAAUUUCACAAAUCCAAUAAUGAAUAACUCAAUAGAUGGUAUACAUUCAGAAAGGUUGGCUUUAUGAAUGUGAAAUGUUAAGAUUAGUAAAUAUAACAGCAUAUUUUAUUUUCCAGUUCUUGUUUUCAUAUUACAAAAUAUCUAUAGCUUUCAACAAAUUGUGUGGUUUGCUAAACAAUCCUUAAGUUUUCUCGAGAACACUAGUAUAAUACUUAUAAAAUAAAUAAUCUAUUGUAUCUUCUCGCUGGAUAUAUUGUUUUAUACAAUUAUGUAGAGUGUGUUUCUCUUAUUUAUAUAUAUUUGUUAUACAUUUGCUCUACGUUUUACAAUUGUUCAGUUUAACAUAUUGUAUGCGUCCUGGGAAAGGUUGUAUAUCUGAGAAACUCUCAUUUACCGACAGUUUGCUGUUGAUUUUGAACGCAGCACAGUUAGUCUACUUCCGCUUCACUCACACGUCACUUCCGUUACACUACCAUCUGCGAGAGUUUUGUCCAAGAUGGCGUCAACGCAGUUAUCGGAUGAGGAGCUUUUCUCCGAAUUAAAGCGAUUUGGUUUCACUCCGGGCCCGGUAACCGAAAACACUCGGCCCGUAUAUUUAAAGAAAUUGAAGAAGCUUCGCGAAGAGCAACAGCAGCGGAGCUCCAGGCCGGGAAAACCCCGGAGCGGCGGGGCCGUCAACAGCACCGCUGGCGGAGGCAACACGGCGGGAUCCAGGCCGGACGGCCAUGACGUCACGCACCUGAGCUCGAGCAGGAGACCGGGCAGGAAGUCCUCCGUCCUCGGCUUCAGCUCCGACGAAUCCGACGCCGAAACUCCAUUGAAAAGAAAAGGCCUCAAUUAUAGCGGCAAGGCGGACCGAAGCUCCGGUUUCCCACAGCAACCGAAGAUAAGGCCCGCGACGACGCCGAGAGCGGCGAGCAAGAGUCCGCCGAACAUUCACAAUUCUUCCCCGGGUCCGAGAAGCGUCUCCUUGGGCUGGGGACUUCGUGCCAGAUCCAGUCCCGAGGCGGAAGGGAGAGAUUACGACGAAUCGGGGGACGAGGAUGACCGCGAGGGGGAAGCGGAGAAGAACUCUCGCUCUUUAAAUGGCUGCGGAGCGUCUCAUUUGAACACAAGCAAGCUGGCUGCGGAUUACUCGGACUCGGACGAGGAGGAGGAGGAGGCGGCGGCGGGCCUCGGUGCCAGAGAGCCGAGACGGAGCCACCAGAAAGCCGGGGUUCCUCUCCACGGAGCGGGCCGAGGGGCAGCCCGACCGGGUAACCCGCCCGAUAGUCUCAAUAUGCUGGGAAGCCGGAGGGAGGAGGGGGAGAAAGACGAGGCGAAGAGGAGGGACGAGGACCCGCCGGGAGGCUCUCGCAGCCACAACGUCCCCAGGAAAUCCAUCUACGUGUCCCUCGCGGAGAACCAACCAGGGGAGGCCGGCCACAACAACCACGUGGACGGGGAGGACGGAGCCGCGAGGAGCGGCGGCCGGUUCGCCAUCGGGUUGAGACCGCGCUUCUCCAACUACAGCAGCCUGUCCCAGACCUACAGGAGCGACCACUCCAACCACUCGUACAGCCAGGCGCUGCUGAAGCAGAAGCUGUCGGUCCCGGAGGACGAGCUGCUGCAGCAGUUCAAGCGGGACGAGGUGGCCUCCGCCGGGAGCUUCAGCGCGCACUACCUGUCCAUGUUCCUGCUCACGGCGGCCUGCCUCUUCUUCCUGCUGCUGGGCCUCAUGUACCUCAGGAUGAGGGGCUCCGGGUCCUCAGAGGUGGAUGGAGUCAUUAAGAACCACCCUUUUGGCAGCGACUUUGACGAUUACGACAAGGCGAUGAAGGACCUGCUCCUCAAGCUGCUGCUGAAUCUACACGACCACCUGGCCAACGUCGCCGGCCAGCACGACUGUGGAGACCAGCACCAUCCCAACCGGAGUCUGUCCAUGAAGGAGGCCUCUGCGUAUCUCCUGACUCAGAAUCAGGAGUUUGAGGGCUUCAUUGAAACGGCCCUGGAGUGGAUCAUCCGGACAGGCCAGGACGUCGGCAUACGGCUGAGUGGGACGCUCGCUGACGAGCCGCUGACCGAUGUGUCCGAGAUCUCUCAGCUGGAGUCCAGCCAUCCCAAGAUGCCCUUCACGUGCCGCUUCCGACGAGCCUUCUUCACAGUCAUCAGCAGAGUCUUCCUCAUUGCAGUCGCGGCCGGCUGCGUGUGGAGCGUGGUCUGCUACAUGAAGUAUCGCUGGAGGAGAGAGGAGGAGGAGACCAGGCAGAUGUACGACAUGGUGGAGCGGAUCAUCGAUGUGCUGAGGAGCCACAGUGAGGCCUGCCAGGAGAACCAGGACCUGCAACCCUACCUGCCCAUCCCCCACGUCAGAGACUCCCUGGUUCAGCCUCAGGACCGGAAAAAGAUGAAGAAGGUUUGGGAGCGGGCCGAGAGAUUCCUCUCGGCCAACGAGUCCCGGAUUCGAAAGGAGAACCAGAGGCUGGGCGGAGCGGACUUCCUGGUGUGGCGGUGGAUCCAGCCGUCGCUCAGUUGUGACAAGACCUCCUCGAUGCCUUCCAAAGUGUGGCAGGGGAAAGCCUUCCCUCUGGACCGGAGGAACUCUCCUCCCAACAGCCUGACUCCGUGUCUGAAGAUCAGAAACAUGUUUGACCCGGUCAUGGAGGUCGGGGAGAACUGGGACCUGGUCAUCCACGAGGCCAUCCUGGAGAAGUGCAACGACAACGACGGCAUCGUCCACAUCGCGGUGGACAAGAACUCGCGAGAGGGCUGCGUCUACGUCAAGUGUCUCUCUGCGGAGCAUUCGGGGAGAGCCUUCAAGGCGCUUCACGGCUCCUGGUUCGAUGGUAAGCUGGUGACGGUGAAGUAUCUGCGCCUGGACCGGUACCACCAGCGCUUCCCUCAGGCUCAGGGCUGCAGCGCCGCCCUGAAGGCGUCCAGCCUCCACGGCGGCGCCCCGGAACCCGCGGGCGCCGCCGCCGCAGCCCGCUCGGCCAACUCUUCGGGCUUCUCGUGAGGCCCGCCGUCGGCUUCCUCCGAUUUCUCCUCCCAGCACGACGGCACCGGUCCGCUGCUGCUCCCGCACAACGGGAAAGACUCCAGUCUGCGUCUCGGAGACGGCGAGGUUUCUUUUGUUUUUGUUUCUCGUUUUUUUCUUUUGUUGUCGCUUUUUUUUUUCUUCCCACACAGGACCGCAAGAGAAGCUGUUCAGCUGCGCGGUGUUUGUUUUCAAUAAUUUUCUUGUAUUAAAAUGUCAUGGAUUUAAUGAAGGACGCAAAAAGUCCUUUCUGAAAAGGGAUAUUUAAGACGUGCGCAGAGACUCCGCCCCCCUCCCUCCCUGCUCCGCCUCUUCCUCAGUCGGACUCUCGGCGUGACGGUUGUCGCGCCGCGUGGAACGGGCUGCGCGUAUCGAUGCAACACACGGGUGUUGAUUGCAAUCUACUCCCUGUGGUUAUUAUUCUGAUUAUUAUUAUUAUUUAGUCAAAGAGGAAGGUGUGAACGGUGGCACACGCUUUACGAUGCAUCGUCCGUAGUCAAAGCAAAACCAUGAGAUCACGUCUUUUAGUUUUUGUUUCUAUUCCUUCUUGUUGCUCAGAGUUCACACGGAGUUCUGUGCCCCCCCCCCCCCUCCUUUAACUUUUUGAUUCUUGUAAUCCAGCAGCGCUCCAGCCACCUGAAGCUUUCUCCUCUAGUUAUAAUCCUAUAUACCCCCCCCUCCCCCACGGUAUUAUUAUCUCCUAUUACAUUUUAUCAUGUGCCGCCCCUCAUGAGUCGGGUCACCUUUAGUCGGCGCGGUGCUGGUCCAGAGGAGCGCGCCGGGCCUCGCGGUGCUCCGCGGUCCAGUUUACAAGCCGAUGAUGUCACCGCUGGUCUCGGAUCAGAUCGGCCUCUCGCGGCGACGCCGCCACUCUUCUUAUUUUGCCAUAAGGAAGAACCGCGAGGUUGUUGCUCGAUCCCCGACGGUCCGACCCGUCUAGAGACCGCUUCGCAUCUCGAGGGUUCCCGACCGCUCGUGCGCGCGUUUGCGUGUUCAGAGGAUAAAAGACGCUCGGCAGACGACGCUACAUUUAUUUAACUUUUUUUCCGUAUUUUUUUAAUGCAGUGAAAUGAAUUGAGUUGGAUUCAGUAUUUGCAGUGUGUGUGUGUGUGAAGUCGUACAAGUGGUGCACAUGUCAAAACGUUUCCAAACCCGCUGCAACGGUUUGCAGCAAAGCAACCCAACUGUGCCUUAAAUGUGUGUGUGUGUGUGUGUGUGUGUUUUUAAUAGACAUGGCACUGCUGCAUCACUGGAGAAUGUGCUGGAUUUAGGAAAGGUUAAACGGGCGAGGAAGGCGGCCAUCGCUGUAGUUCUGCUAGAGUUUGACAUCUUCAGAUUUGGUAUUUUGAAGCAGUUUUCCUUUGAUAUUAAACCAAAUGCUUCUCUAUUUAUUAUUAUUAUUUCUUUUUUUUUAAAUCAGCUGUGGUGAUGUAUACACGACCCGUUUCAUAACGUUUUUCUUUCUUUCCAUCGAGGAUGGACCUCUCGCGUCCGCUUCCAAACGAUUGUCAGGAUGUGUACGAUGACAAAAUAAAGUGAACACCUUGCGAAAAUAAGCCAAUUUGAUAGUGCAUCACCGCGAUCUAUUUUUGUACGCCUCCGGCAGGGUCUCGGCCCGCUUUCCGACGAGGCCAAAUGCGUUGGCACUUCUCCAGUUCUGUGCUUCACCCUUUUUUAAAUGCAUUCUUCCCCUCUGUUGUAUUUUAAUGUAAACACUGUACAUUUAUAUAACUGUAAUAUGUAAUAUUAUAUGCAGCUUUAUUUCCCUUGCGCUGUGUGUUUUGACCAGUAGGGGGAGGUGGGGGGGUGAAAUGAGGAGGUGUACAAUACUACAGACAUUUAAGAAGAUACAGACGUUUUAAUGUAAUUUGUCAAUUGUACAAACGGCUCAAAUUAAAGGUUUAUUAGGAGUU